UCUCAGAGACUGACAGUUUACCUGCACUCCAAGAAAACUCCUCCAUAUGUUAUCAAUCUAGAUCCUGCGGUUCAUGAGGUCCCUUUUCCAGCCAACAUUGACAUCAGAGACACUGUCAAUUACAAGGAAGUCAUGAAACAAUAUGGUUUAGGGCCAAAUGGAGGAAUCGUCACAUCUCUCAAUCUGUUUGCAACACGAUUUGAUCAGGUCAUGAAGUUUAUUGAGAAAAAGCAAAGUAACCACCAAUAUGUUUUGAUUGACACUCCUGGACAAAUCGAAGUGUUCACAUGGUCUGCAUCUGGAACCAUCAUAACUGAAGCACUGGCCUCUUCUUUUCCCUGUGUGGUUGUCGGUGUGUCUGCAGUCACGGGUUCUGGACUUGAUGAACUGUUCGUACAGGUUGCUGAUGCUGCUAAAGAGUAUGAAACGUAUAUCAGAUGCAUAUCCUAUUUCUGCAUUCAUCUGGUCUUUGAGAGUGAUUCGUCAUUAGCAUUGUCUCCAAAAAUGAUGCAUGCAUCCUUUAUACGCUGGCACAUCUGGUUAUUUUAUUCUUCAGAAGCCCCAGAUCUUGGUGGACCCAGUGACCUCAUCUUUACUCGCGGGAACCCUGAUGAAGAUGAGGAAGACACAGACAGUGAUACCGAUGAUAUCGAUCACACAGUCACAGAAGAAAGUAAAGAGGCCGGUGCUUUCAGCAACUUUCUGAAGGAGAGAAAGGAAACAGUGCAGGUGCGCAACAGGAAGUCAAAGUGAGGGCAGGAAAUAGUCACUAUGUAUGUAUACUGUUCCCCAACGUUGACCUUUCCACAUUGAAUGACUCUCAAAUAAGUUGUUGUAGCUUAGUUGUGGCUACUUGCACACCCUGCUGCCACACCAGCUAGUCUGCGCUGAGAUUUCAGAACUGCAAAUAAAGACAUUUGUAUUAGAAUAUAAAAACAGGUUAAGGACCGCAUUAGUUCAAAACCGAACAUCAGCAUGGAGUUGAAUGCCUUGGGUCGCCACUGAGCAUGUAUUCAAACAAAUACCCUCUGAAAAAUGUCAGAACAUAACUUGUUUAUCUUUUGCAUAAUAUAUUUAUGUAUACUCUACAAUCUUAUUUGGCUGUUAAUCAAAAUGCUUAGUAUUUCCUAACAACCUGGAACAGAAACCAAAAUCUGCAGUUUCUCUUCUGACUUCCUGUACCUUUAACGUUCAUGUUUC